AUGGUCUAUUCAUAUCUAUCCCAGUCUGUUCAUAUCUAUCUAUCUAUCUAUCUAUCUCAGUCUGUUCAUAUCUAUCUAUCUCAGUCUGUUCAUAUCAUCUAUUUCAGUCUGUUCAUAUCAUCAUCGAUCUAUUAUCUAUCUCAGUCUGUUCAUCUAUCUCAUCUGUUCAUAUCUAUCUAUUUCAGUCUGUUCAUAUCUGUUCAUCUAUCUAUCUAUCUAUCUAUCAUCUCUAUCUCAUCUCAGUCCGUUCAUAUCUAUCUAUCUAUCAUCUAUCUAUCUCAGUCUGUUCACAUUAUCCAUCUAUCUAUCUAUCUAUCCAUCUAUCUAUCCCAGUCUGUUCAUAUUCAUCUAUCUUCAUCUAUCCUCAGUCUGUUCUAUUAUCUUCUAUCUAUAUCAGUCUGUUCACAUUCUAUCUAUCUCAGUCUGUUCAUAUCUCUAUCUCAGUCUGUUCAUAUCUAUCUAUCUAUCUCAGUCUGUUCAUAUCUCUAUCUAUCUCAGUCUCUUUACAUAUCUAUCUAUCUAUCUAUCUAUCUAUCUAUCUAUCUCAGUCUUCAUAUCUAUCUAUCUAUCUAUCUAUCUCAGUCUCUAUCAUCUAUCUAUCUAUCUAUCUCAGUCUCUUCAUAUCAUCUCUAUCUAUCUAUCAUUCAUCUAUCUAUCUAUCUAUCUCAGUCUGUUCAUAUCUAUCUAUCUAUUUUAUCAUCUAUCUAUCUUCUUCAUACAUCUAUCCAUUUCAGAGUGUUCAUAUCUAUUUCAGUCACACCGUUCUACUUUUAUUUUCUUCAAAAACUACAAAAUGGUCGACCACCACGUCCUAUCACUAUCUUCAGUAUUUCAAAAGUGGUUGGAAGUCUUCUUCUCAGUGUCCUGAGCAUAGUACAACUAGUUGCAAGAAUUGGUAAUAUACCAAUGACAACCAAUGCUGUUGUAUAUAUCUCUACAGUUAUUAAAGUCCUGUCUUACAUUUUGGCAGCGAUUUUGAUGGAGUUAGAUAGGAGAAAAGCAGUUUUUUCUUCAGGCAUAUUAUUUAUAUUCUGGUCACUAAACGUUCUUGCAGGAGUGAUACCAUUUUAUUCAAAAAUAGAAAAACAGGAAAACAUCAGUAAUCAGUUGGAUUUUGAUUUGUACUAUUUGGCCUAUGCACUGAUUCUAACUGAGUUCAUCUUUCACUGCUUUGCUGAGACAGGUCAAAGAGAUGGUUACAUUCCUCUGGGAGAUGACACGGUUCCAAAUCCGGAAUUUUAUGCAUCAUUUCCAUCCCGUUUGACCUUUUGGUGGAUGAAUAAAAUUGUGAAACUUGCAUACAAAAAGGCAUUACAAGUAGAUGAUAUAUAUCCUUUACUGCCAGCCGAUUCAGCUGAUUCAGUCAUUACUCGUUUUGAUGCCCAAUUGAGACAAGAAGUUAAAAGGUGUUACAAGAUCAAUGAAAAGACCAAAAAAUUAAAAGCCAUUGUUGAUGAUCCUCUUGACAAUUACCAAGUGGGAGAAUCUUCCCACCUAUUAAAGGAAGAUGUAGACACAGACCAGAAGAAAAUCCCUUCUACAAAAAAGCUAUCUCUACUCAGAAUUCUUUUCUGGACAUAUGGAUUUAGUAUAUUGAAAUCGCUUCUUUGCAGAACAGGCGCUGAAGUUUUUGUAUACAUACGCCCACUUAUCCUCCAUUACCUGAUUGGUUUCACGGAGAGCAAGGAUGCUGUAUGGAAAGGAUACACAAUGGCUGUGGCAUUGUUUGCCAUGUCUUCCAUCGAGUCUGUUCUUACCAAUCAGUCUCUCUACAUGAAUUCACGGAUCAGCAGAAACAUUGAAAAAUCCUUGAUCUCUGCUGUCUACAAGAAAUCUUUACGCAUCAAAUCAGAAGAGAGGAAGAAAUAUACAAGUGGAGAAAUUGUUAACUUAAUGGCCAUUGACAGUUCAUCUGUUAAUGUCACAAUAGAUGAUGUAUGGGUCAUUUUAUUGACACCUUUGAAGGUUUUUAUGACAUUCUAUUUAAUCUACCAUAUUCUUGGCUAUGCCGUUAUCACUGGCAUUGUUAUUUUCUUUCUCAUUAUCCCCUUGAAUUCAAUGGCCUGCUACCAAAUAACCAAAUACAACAAAAAGAAAAUGACCGUCAAAGAUUCCCGUGUCAAGCUGAUCAAUGAAGUUCUACAAGGAAUAAAGGUCCUGAAGCUGUAUGCAUGGGAGCUAUCAUUCCAAGAAAAGAUAACUCAAAUAAGGGAAUCUGAAUUAAUGAUCCUCAAGAAAAUUGCGUACUUUCAAUUCUUUACUCGGUUUGCCGGAAUGUGUUUACCAUUUACAGUGAUUCUUGGUAUGUUUUUCACUUACACCAGAAUCAGUCCUGACAAACAACUUGAUGCUCAAAAGGUUUUUGUUUCUCUUUCUUUAUUCAACACGAUUAGUUGGCUAAUCAGUGUAUUUCCUUUGGUGAUUGUCGACACGUCACAGUUUUAUGUUUCCAUGUCUCGAAUAAAAAAGUUCUUUAAUGCUGAUGAGAUCAACCCUGACAACACCACUGAAGACCCCAAAAUGGCGGCAGCCAUUAUGAUGGAGGAUGGUAGUUUUACUUGGGAAGAAGAUAACAUUAUAUUACAAAAUAUCUCAUUUAAAAUUGGCAAAGGUCAACUUGUAGCCAUUGUGGGACCUGUUGGCAGUGGCAAAUCAUCUCUUAUUUCUGCCAUCUUGGGAGAAAUGAACAAAACAUCUGGAAGUGUAUACCGGAAUGGUUCCAUUGCUUAUGUCUCCCAGGAAGCCUGGAUCCAGAAUGCAACACUGAAAGAUAACAUCCUUUUUGGAAAAGAUGAAGAUUCCUUUUUAUAUGAUUCUGUAAUUGAAGCCUGUGCUUUGAAGUCUGAUCUUGAACUCUUUGAAGGGGGAGAUCAAACUGAAAUCGGAGAAAAGGGCAUAAAUCUAAGUGGUGGCCAAAAGCAGAGAGUCUCUCUAGCUAGAGCAGUGUAUUAUAAUGCCGACAUAUACCUGUUAGAUGACCCUCUCAGUGCAGUUGACUCUCAUGUUGGCAAGCAUAUAUUUGGAAAAGUUCUCAGUAAGGAUGGACUUUUGAAGAACAAGACACGUAUCCUUGUCACUCAUGGUAUCCACUGGCUACCUCAAAUGGACAACAUUAUUGUCAUUACAAAUGGUAGAAUAUCAGGAAUUGGUACCUAUGAAGAAUUAUUUGAGAACAAUGAGACUUUUGGUGAAUUUAUGAAAACCUGCCAUUUAGAAGAGGAAAAUGAUAAUGUUGCGGAUGAUGUCAAUGUCUUUGAGAGUGAAAUAAUUAAUGAGGAUUAUCCCUUUGAAUAUGAAGAGGACAAUUCAACCCUGUUUCCAUCACCUUCACUUGAUAUUAAUCCAAGAAAGUUCUCAGUUUCAUCUGCAGAAAUGUCACCCACAUAUCAUACCAAGAAGAUUAUUUUUCCAGUACCAAAUAAGGAGAAAUCUCAGACUGAUACCGAAAAGAAAAGUAAAAAUCUUUCAAGACUGACUGAAGAUGAGUAUCUUGAAACUGGAAAAGUUGAAAUAGUUGUAUACCUGAAGUACCUUCGUUCAAUGGGGGUCAUCCCAGCAUCUUUGAUGAUGAUAUUCGGUGUUUGUCCACACCUUAUUCGUGUCUUAUCUUCAAUAUGGUUAAAAGUGUGGACAGAAGACCCAUUUCUAUUGAAUGUCACAAAUAUCAACACAACUGAAUAUACAUCCAGAACCAAUUAUUAUUUAGAAAUAUAUGGUUCAAUUGGUGCUGUCCAAGGUGUAUCAGUCUUCUUAUUUUCAUUUAUCUCUGCCAUUGCUUUGGUGAAGGCUUCCCGAAUUCUCCAUCGAGACAUGUUGCAGUGUAUCCUGAGAACUCCCAUGUCAUUUUUUGACACAAACCCAACUGGAAGGAUUCUGAAUCGUUUUUCAAAGGACAUUGAGGUCAUCGACUACACUCUGCCUGUCAUAUUCCGUGCAGCCAUUGUGAAUAUAUUUUUAAUCCUUAGCAGUGUUCUCGUUAUUAGUAUCAACACACCAAUAUUUUUGGCGGCUGUAUUUCCAUUUGCCAUUUUAUAUAUUUUCAUUCAGCGGUACUAUAUACCAAUUUCAAGACAGCUGAGACGAAUUUCUUCCAUUUCAACCUCACAUAUUUACAGGCAUUUUAAUGAAACACUGUCUGGAGUAACAUGUAUUCGUGCCUUCAAUAUGAUGUCUGAGUUCUAUGCUGAACUUCUUAAAAGGGUAGACAAAACCCAAGCAAUUAAGUUAACUAAUCUAGCAUCAAACCGAUGGCUUAGUUACCGUCUGGAACUGAUGGCGAAUCUGGCUACUUUUGUCACUGCUCUUCUCUGUGUAGCUGGAAGGGAUCACUUAAAUGGUGGACAAGUUGGUCUUUCAGUGAUGUAUGCUCUUGACAUUACAUUCUAUCUCAACUUGUUGGUUGUAAGAAUCUGUUCACUGCAAACGGACACUGUCUCUGUUGAAAGGGUCAAAGAGUACUCCCAUCUUGAACCAGAGGCUCCUUGGACCAUUGAAGAAACUAAACCAAAAAAAGAAUGGCCGGACUCAGGUCAGAUUGAAUUCAAGAAAUUUAGUAUGCGAUAUCGAGAAGGGCACAAACUCAUUAUUAAGGGAAUCUCUUGUUUAAUAAAAGCCAAAGAAAAGGUUGGAAUUGUGGGACGCACAGGGGCAGGAAAAUCUUCAUUGUCACUUUCUCUUUUCCGACUGAUUGAAGCUGCCUCUGGGGAGAUUGCUAUUGAUGGUCACUGUAUAGCUGAUAUGGGACUCCAUGAUGUUAGAACAAAACUCACCAUUCUACCACAGGAUCCAGUGCUGUUUUCAGGUACCAUUCGAAUGAACCUUGAUCCAUUUGAUUGUUAUUCCGAUGAUGAAAUCUGGCUGGCUUUGGAACAGUCUCACAUGAAAGAAAAGAUUCAAGCUCUUGAGAAUGGCAUCUACUAUUGCUGUGAUGAAGGGGGAAAAAAUUUCAGUGUAGGGCAGCGGCAAUUGCUCUGUCUGGCCAGAGCUCUACUGCACAAGACAAAAAUUUUAAUUCUAGAUGAAGCCACUGCUUCCGUAGAUAUGAAGACGGAUGAUCUGAUACAGCAAACAAUCAGGGCGCAUUUCAAUGAUUGCACAAUUAUAACAAUUGCUCAUAGACUCAACACUAUCAUGGAUUAUGACAGAAUCAUGAUACUUGAUGCCGGAGAAAUAAAAGAAUUCGAUUCGCCGAAGAAACUAUAUCAAGAUGAAACCUCCAUAUUCUUUAGCUUGGCAAAAGUUGCAGGUGUCGUCUGCAAAUCCGAUACUGGAGCGAUUUUAUCAAAUGACCUCUUAACGCUCUUUUCUUCUUCUUCUUCUUCUUCUUCUUCUUCUUCUUCUUCUUCUUCUUCUUCACGUCUAACAUUUUUUAUCUAUCUAUCUAUCUAUCUAUCUAUCUAUCUAUCUAUCUAUCUAUCUAUCUAUCUAUCUCAGUGGGGUAAAAUGGGCAAGCAUAAAAAGAGCCUUCGAUGUCAAAAUAGCGCACGUAAAGAGAAAACAACACUUGAAACACAACGCACCAAAGUUAGAAAUGACAACGAUGUUGGCCAUGGCAUUGUGCAAGAGGAAAGCGAUCCCGGGGGUAGGCGUAGUGGGCGUCCCCCAUCAACAACCGUCCGACGAAAAUCUCUCGUCGAACGGCUGACCAGAAGGAAGAUGUCCAUGCAAAUGAAAAAAUCUAUUUCGCUAUUGCAAGUCACGGCCAGUCUGAUAGCAGUGACCGGCCACACGGCCGUGUUCAUCACUCCGUCAUCCAUCUUGGAGAACACGGGCUCUUUGGGUGUGUCUCUUGUUGUCUGGCUGUUCGGCGGCGUUGUGAACUGGAUGCAGGCUCUGAUUUUCGUGGAAUUUGGCACUUCCCUUGAUGAGGCUGGCGGGGCGUAUUCCUACGUGAAGGCAGCUUGUGGUCCUCUGGCCGGUUUCAUGAUGCUCUGGAGUUACAUGAUGUUGGCGACGGGUCCGUUUUGGUCAUUUCUGUCUUACACAGCCGCUGUGUAUGGGAUAAAACCGAUCUUUCCGAGCUGCUCCCCGCCAGACGUCGUUGUAAAAGUGAUAGCUGCCCUUCUUAUACACUCUCUCUCUCUCUCUCUCUCUCUCUCUCUCUCUCUCUCUCUCUCUCCGGCAUCGUUGGAUUGA